AUGGCAUCUGCCAGCUCCAGCCGGGCAGGGGUGGCCCUGCCUUUUGAGAAGUCUCAGCUUAUCCUGAAAGUGGUGUCAGCAAAGCCCAAGGUGCAUAGUCGUCAACCUCGAAUUAACUCGUUUGUGGAAGUGGCCGUGGAUGGACUCCCCAGCGAGACCAAGAAGACUGGAAAGCGAAUUGGGAGCUCCGAGCUUCUGUGGAAUGAGAUCAUCAUUUUGAAUGUCACAGCCCAGAGUCAUUUAGACCUGAAGGUCUGGAGCUGCCAUACUUUGAGAAAUGAACUGCUAGGCACCGCCUCCGUCAACCUCUCCAAUGUCCUGAAGAACAAUGGGGGCAAAAUGGAGAACACACAGCUGACCCUGAACCUGCAGACAGAGAACAAAGGCGGUGUUGUCUCGGGUGGUGAGCUGACAAUUUUCCUGGACGGGCCGACUGUUGAUCUGGGAAGCGUGCCUAAUGGCAGUGCCGUGACGGAUGGUUCACAGCCACCUUCGAGAGAAUCCAGCGGGACAACCGUUGCUCCAGAGAACCGCCACCAGCCCCCAAGCACAAACUGCUUUGGUGGGAGAUCCCGGACGCACAGACAUUCAAGUGGUUCAGCCAGACCAGCCACAGCAGCCGGCGAGCAGAGCCCCGGUACUAGCAGCCGGCACCACCAGCCCGUCAAGAACCCGAGCCACAGUGGCUUGGCCAAUGGCACAGUGAAUGAUGAACCCACUGCAACCACUGAUCCCGAAGAACCCUCUGUUGUUGGUGUGGCGUCCCCACCUGUUGCAGUGUCCAGUGUGACCCCGAACCCCACCACUGCGACUACCCCUGCCACGGCCACGCCGGCCGAAGGGGAGGAGCCCAGCACUUCAGGCACGCAGCAGUUCCCCGCAGCCGCCCAGGCCCCCGAUGCUCUGCCUGCUGGAUGGGAACAGCGAGAGCUCCCCAACGGGCGUGUCUAUUAUGUUGACCAUAACACCAAGACCACCACCUGGGAGCGGCCUCUUCCUCCAGGCUGGGAGAAACGCACAGACCCCCGAGGCAGGUUCUACUAUGUGGACCACAAUACCCGGACCACCACGUGGCAGCGCCCCACGGCCGAGUACGUGCGGAACUAUGAGCAGUGGCAGUCCCAACGCAACCAGCUCCAGGGCGCCAUGCAGCACUUCAGCCAAAGGUUCCUCUACCAGUCUUCGAGUGCUUCCACUGACCAUGACCCCCUGGGCCCGCUCCCUUCUGGCUGGGAGAAGAGACAGGACAACGGACGGGUGUAUUACGUGAACCACAACACACGCACGACCCAGUGGGAAGACCCUCGCACCCAGGGGAUGAUCCAGGAGCCGGCUCUGCCCCCAGGGUGGGAAAUGAAGUACACCAGCGAGGGGGUGCGCUACUUCGUGGACCACAACACCCGCACCACCACCUUUAAGGAUCCUCGCCCGGGGUUUGAGUCAGGGACGAAGCAAGGUUCCCCUGGUGCCUACGACCGAAGUUUUCGGUGGAAGUAUCACCAAUUCCGUUUCCUCUGCCAUUCAAAUGCUCUCCCCAGCCAUGUGAAGAUCAGUGUUUCCAGGCAGACACUUUUUGAGGAUUCUUUCCAGCAGAUCAUGAAUAUGAAGCCCUACGACCUGCGCCGCCGGCUCUACAUCAUCAUGCGUGGCGAGGAGGGCCUGGACUAUGGGGGCAUCGCCAGAGAGUGGUUUUUCCUCCUGUCCCACGAGGUGCUCAACCCCAUGUACUGUUUAUUUGAAUACGCCGGGAAGAACAACUACUGCCUGCAGAUCAACCCUGCCUCCUCCAUCAACCCCGACCACCUCACUUAUUUCCGCUUUAUCGGCCGAUUCAUCGCCAUGGCUCUGUACCAUGGAAAGUUCAUUGAUACAGGCUUCACACUCCCUUUCUACAAGCGGAUGCUAAACAAGAGACCGACCCUGAAAGACCUGGAAUCCAUUGACCCUGAAUUCUACAACUCUAUCGUCUGGAUCAAAGAGAACAACCUGGAGGAGUGCGGCCUAGAGCUGUACUUCAUCCAGGACAUGGAGAUCCUGGGCAAAGUGACAACCCACGAGCUGAAGGAAGGUGGAGAGAGCAUCCGAGUGACGGAGGAGAACAAGGAAGAGUACAUCAUGCUGCUGACCGACUGGCGUUUCACACGGGGUGUGGAAGAGCAGACCAAAGCCUUCCUGGACGGCUUCAACGAGGUGGCCCCCCUGGAGUGGUUGCGCUACUUUGACGAGAAAGAGCUGGAGCUGAUGCUGUGCGGCAUGCAGGAGAUAGACAUGAGUGACUGGCAGAAGAACACCAUCUACCGGCACUAUACCAAGAACAGCAAGCAGAUCCAGUGGUUCUGGCAGGUGGUGAAGGAGAUGGACAACGAGAAGAGGAUCCGGCUGCUGCAGUUUGUCACUGGGACCUGCCGCCUGCCCGUUGGGGGAUUCACCGAACUCAUCGGUAGCAACGGCCCACAGAAGUUUUGCAUUGACAAGGUUGGCAAGGAGACCUGGCUGCCCAGGAGCCACACCUGUUUCAACCGGCUGGACCUGCCGCCAUACAAGAGCUAUGAACAGCUGAAGGAGAAGCUGCUGUACGCUGUUGAGGAGACCGAGGGCUUUGGGCAGGAGUAA